AUAGUUAGGGAUUUGGGAUCAAGGUGUGUUUGGGUAAAGAACAGAAACAGAGAAGUAAAAGAGCACAAAACUUGACAGGCGACGGGUCAUCUGUGCUGUGCAUGGUGAAUAUGCUCUUCUCAGAUUCAAAUUCCACACACACUCACACUCUCCUCUCCAAUUUGCAAUGUGAGGAAGCAACAUAUUAAUAGUUGAGGCAACUGGGAAAAUAUGGAAUGCAACAAAGAUGAGGCAGCUAGGGCCAAAGAAAUAGCAGAGAGGAAAUUUUCUGUAAGGGAAUAUGCUGGUUCAAAAAAGUUUGCUCUCAAGGCUUUAAAUUUGUAUCCUGCACUGGAGGGUCUUUCCCAGUUUCUUACAACUCUUGAGGUUUAUAUUUCUGCUGAGAAUAAAAUAAAUGGAGAAAUGGAUUGGUAUGGUAUACUUGGAGUGAAUCCCUUUGCUGAUGAAGACACAGUUAGGAAACAGUACAGAAAGCUGGUUCUCACUCUUCACCCUGACAAAAACAAGUCUAUUGGUGCAGAGGGUGCAUUUAAGCUUGUUUCAGAGGCAUGGAGUUUACUAUCAGAUAAGGUCAAGAGAAUAGCAUAUAACCAGAAAAGGAGUUCAGAAGGAUUUCAGCACAAUACUCCCAAGCAUGUUGGAUCUCAAUCAGAAGCAUGCAGUUCGAAUGGAUUUUGCAAACCUAACAAGAAUUCAACUUCAAGUGCUCAAACCGGAAAUAAUAAUGCACAGGCACAUCCAUCCUCCAUCCCUCCACAUAAAAAGGCUGCUACUUUUUGGACUAUCUGUAAUCAGUGCAGAACACAUUACGAGUAUCUCAGGAUUUAUUUGAAUCAUACCCUUUUAUGUCCCAGUUGCAAUGAAGCUUUUGUGGCUAUAGAGAAGGGUCCACCUCUCAAUGUUGUUAAGUCAUCUAAAUGGUCUUCCGGGCAGCAUCCUCAGAAGUCUUCUUCUCAGCAACAUUCCAGUGCUGGAAGGAAUCACUCUGUGAAUCCAGGAAGAACUAGUGCAUUUUUUCAAAAUUUACAAUCCAGUUCUAGAUGCACGACUUCUUUAAAUAAUGCAAACUUCCAGUGGGGUUCUCACUCUAGAAUGGCAGGUUUUUUUAGCACAGAUGGACCAUCAUCUGUUGCUACUGCAAGUGUUAAGCAGCACUCAAGUGAGAUAAGAAGAGAAUGCAACAAAGUCCCAUCAACUGCUGCAUGGAAGAGGAAUCAUAUGUCUAAGAGGUCUGAUGGUUCUUUUAGUAACAUUGAAAAACCUGUUAAGAAAAUAAGGACAGAUGAUAUUCACAUGUACAUGGCAAAUCAUAUGACCAUGAAAGAUGGAUCAAACAGUUUGGGACGGUUUUAUGAAUCGGGAAAAGCUGACAUGGGAACAGAAAGGAAUCAUGGUUUUUCAGGAAUGAGUAGCAAGCAUUACAGCACGAGAGAGAUGUCAUUGUUUGAAUUACGAAACAUGUUGAUUGAUAAGGCACUGACUGAAAUUGGCAAGAAACUUCAAGAAUGGAGAUCAAUGCCUGAAGCUAAGAUUACAAAUAAAGACAAAGGAAAUAAGGGACAGAAAAGCACACUUAAUGACAAAACAACUGGUCCAGAUGGAGGUUCCACUAUUAAUGGUAACAGGCACGUAGACAGUGAUUCAAUUCCAGUCACGUCUGAUGCUGCUGUAAAGGAGAACCAGUCCUAUGUUAUGAUCCAUGUUCCAGAUCCUGAUUUUCACAAUUUUGACUUGGAUAGAACUGAAAAUUCCUUCGAGGAGGACCAGGUCUGGGCUUCUUACGAUGAUGAUGACGGAAUGCCUCGAUAUUAUGCUAGAAUUCACAAGGUGAUCUUGACAAAGCCAUUUAGAAUGCGAAUCAGUUGGCUUAACUCUCGAAGCAACACUGAAUUGGGCCCAAUAGAUUGGAUAGGUUCUGGUUUUUGCAAAACCUGCGGGGAUUUCAGGAUUGGCAGGCAUGAAAUAACUGAAUCAUUAAAUUCCUUUUCACACAAGGUAAGGUGGACUAAAGGCACUAGAGGAGUUGUACGCAUCUUUCCUGGAAUGGGGCAAGUCUGGGCUCUCUAUAGAAACUGGUCUCCUGAUUGGAACGAAAAUACUCCAGAUGAAGUGAUACACAAGUAUGAUAUGGUGGAGGUGCUUGAAGAUUUCAAUGAAGAGGAAGGAGUAUCGGUGACGCCUCUUGUUAAGGUUGAUGGUUUUAGGACUGUGUUUCACAGGCAGAGCCAUGAUCAAGUUAGGAAGAUUCCUAAAGCGGAGUUGUUUCGCUUCUCUCAUCAGGUUCCUAAUUACUUGCUUACGGGGCAAGAAGCUCAUAAUGCUCUGAAGGGCUGUCGAGAGUUGGAUCCAGCAGCUACUCCUUUAGACCUCCAUCAGACAACUGAAGCUAACGAGGCAUUGGAUAAUGUUGGAAAAUCAAAGGAAGACACUUUGGCGGAUUCACCUGAAAAACAUGCUUCUAUUAAGGGAGAGAAUGCUUCAAACCCUAGUAGGGUAGAUAUGUUAGACAAGGAUGAUAGUUGACCCUGCACAGUAUAGAAAGUAACGUGACUGAUGAUGCAAAUAGGCUUAAGAAAUUAAAUCCAAGAUUGGUGAAAAAUAUACUCAUAGGUUACUCGAUUUUGUAAGCCUGACCCGGACAAUUCAUAGUGCUUUUUGGUCUCAUAAUUGGACGGAAGGGAUUACAGCAUUUUGGGUUUAGCUGUAUAAUUUUGAGACUCGUUAUUCAUAUAGGUAUCGGUAUACCUUAAACGAAGUUUUCAUCUUCGACAAGCUAAAUGAUUAGACAAAUUGUUCCC